AUGGGCUGCAAGUUAACUGAUUUCUUCAAGAAAUCAUCAGGAGGAACGAAAGUUGUCGCCAUUAUUGCUUUUAUUGCAACAAUUGGUGGACUUAUAGGCAUUGACAUUUUCUACAUUCAUUGGGGAAACAAAUUAAACGACCAGCUAGAUUUAUUUAGAACAGACACAUUCAAAAAACUUUUUAGUAUGGUUAUUGCAGCAGUAUUCUUCGUUAAUUUUGGACUUAUUGCAUGGUUUGUUUGGUUCAUUUUUUGGAAUUUCGAAUGCUGUGGGUGCAUUGGAAGUAUCAUUUCUUGGGUUGGACUAAUGAGCUGCUGCCUUGUAAGCGCAUUAAUGAUUACCAUUGAAAUCAAUAUUAAUUCUAAAAAGGGAUUCUGUCGUUAUGCAGCUCUUUCACAGGAUUAUUGCGAAAAAACAUUUCCAGUGAAUGUUGGUUUAACAUGCGUUCUCAUAUUAGGUAUUAUUUUAGAUAUCAUUUUACCUUGUCUUAAAUAA